AUGGCUAGCAGGAAGGAAAUGACUAAUUUUUCUGAACAAGUGGUCGAAAGCUUUCCAUCUGAUAUUUCUACUGGUAUAUACUAUGGAUGGGCCUGCAUUGGAAAUGGAGAUGUGCAUAAAAUGGUUUUAAGCAUAGGCUGGAACCCAUACUACAAGAAUGUUAAGAAGUCAGUGGAAACACACAUCAUCCAUACCUUCAAAGAAGACUUUUACGGAGAAAUUCUUAGUAUAGCUAUUAUUGGGUACAUCAGACCAGAAAAAAACUUUGAUUCCUUAGAUGAACUCAUUUCAGAAAUUCAGGAAGACAUUGCAGAAGCUAAGAGAAAACUGGACUUACCAGAACAUCUUAAACUCAAGGAAGACAACUUCUUCAAAAUGCUAGGAGGCAAAAUAGUAAAUGGCCACUAAGUGAAAGCUCUUAUAUGGGCACUUUUACAUGAAAUCUUUGCACUACUUCCAUUGAUACUGGACUGUCCUUUCUGGUUAGCUAACUGGAAUUGGAGCAGAGCACUGUAAAACAGUACCAGUGUGUUAGACUUCCUUGCACAAACAAAUUAAGCAUUAAAAAUAUCAUGCAAAGGGAGUGGAAAAUACUGUUAGGUUCUUUAGAAAAUCAUUGUGAAUCUUUGUUUUAAAUUGCUCAAAAGUUUGUAUCAUGUACAAAGUUGAGCCAAAGUUAGUAGUAUCCUUAUUAAACUCACAUAUUUAGGUAGCAUUUAAAGGUAUUUCAAAAUAGAAAGUCAUUCCCUACUAUUUUGUAAUUAUUUUUACAUUUCCUUACAUGUAGGCUUUAGCUAUUAGCUUAGAAAAUAAAAAUAUUGACCAUGUUACAAAUUUGUUGGUGGUGUGGAAAGCCAGCAGUCAGAUAACUAAAGCGAGAAUACCAUACUGUAAAUUUUGUGUUUCACAAGGUGUAUAUAUCUCGGGAAACUAGUGUUGAAGCUGGCAUUUUUAAUUGAGACUAUUUAUUGUAUCUUUAUAGGAAAUGUUUUGCCAUUAGACUAUCUUCUGGUUUAAAGUUUCAUGGUCACUAGAUUAAGGUUUACUGGAAACCAAAGAUAAACCCUUUAUUUAAAUACAUAAAUUCCAUCAUAAAAAAUUAUGAAUUGACUUCUUUCAAAAUAAAAACUUACUAACCUGAAGACUGAAUGCACUAGUUUGAGUAGAGCUAAGGAUCAGGUCUACUGAAUCAGUUACCGUGCAAGGAAACUAGCCACCUUGGGAAUUGAAAAGGGUAACUUCAAAAGUAUAUAUAGUGUAGCAAAAAUUCUUUUAGGAAAAAAUAUUAAAUAAGAUUUGUUCUUGACACACAAGCCAUGGACACGGACAAAAAUUCCAUGUUAUAAACUGGAUGUACUCUGGGAAGUGGAUUCUGUAAAUCAGGUUCCUUACGUUGUGUGUGAUUUAGAUCAAAUAUGAUCAUUUUUACCUAUAAAUGUUUUUCUUCUACCUUUAUGUGGGGAUAGGGAAUAACUAAAGUGGUUUUAAGCCUUUGUGAUCUUGGGGUACUCCAUGGGCUGGAGCAGCCCCAAUUCAGACAGUGUUGGGAACCUGUCAAAACUACAGCUGCCUUCCAGAGCUGUUAUGUGCUUUGUAGUGGGACUCAGAAUAAAUGCAGUGCUACGAUCCUGCCUUGACACAUCCCAAUCCCGGCAUGCUUCUUACUCCAGGGCUUACGAGGAAAUCUUCAGAAGAUAGCCUUACAGCUUACUGCUUCAGUUCCUGUACUGGAUACAGGGCUUCUAGUUCCACAACUGCAGAGGGCUAAAGAGGUAGAAGAUCUCACCAUAUGUAUUAGGCUAUAUUCCUUGACUCAAAAAUUCUGCAGCAGAAACUUGUUUAAUAUAAAUAGUCUACAGAGUUAAGUAAAUAUUGACCUUUCUAGUUAAAACUGUCCCCCCUAAAUCUAUCUCUUCAGAGUGUACACAGAAAAUUCUAGUUUCUUCUUGGAAUUUUUCCAUAGACAUUUCAGUUCUUGUCACUUGUUCUCUAUUCAUACUAAAGAGAAAUUCACUUAUGUGGUUGAAAAUAUUAUUUAAAUGACAUAGUGAUUGAGUGGCACUUCCAAUCUGACUCAGUGGAAGAUAUAUUCCUAAAUAACUGUACAACAAUUCAGACUUCUAAGCAGGAAGGAGGAUGACUGUUCAAGAUAUUUUUUUCAUUUAACUGAAGGUAUGAUAAGAGGGUUGUUUUCUUUGUGUGCAAGGAUGAAUAGUUAUUCUUGGUAGGAUAUUUCCCAGUAAAUGUUUUUUGGAGGUCUAAACAGCAGAGAUGCCUAUAAGCAAAAUGUGGCCAGCAUUAGAAGGACAGCUGUAUGUUAAAAGUAAAACCCUUGUUCAUUUUUAAGAUUACAGUUACUAUAGUAGCUGCCUUUUUUGCCAACUGUUUCAUAUGUCAGCUUUGAAAUUGUUUAUCAUAAUUUUAGGAAACCAUGGUGCCUUGAGACAUUUUGAGUAGAACUGUUCUGUAACUAGUAACAAACACUAAGUGUCUAGGACCAUUGCACCAUUUGGAUGUAUAGCCAUUGCACUGAGGGAGAGGGAAGCAGCAGCAAAGGGAGGACUUGAACUGCUCAUUUUGUGAGAUUUGUAACUGUACUUCUUACUUCAGUUAUAGUGAACUGAUAUGCACAGAGAAGUGCUUGUUUUGUCUUCAAGUUAGCAUACUGAAGAAAAUAGAUGAAUAUUCUUAUACUGUCCUACAGCACCCAUCUGCAUUUAUUUGUUAAACACACCAUUCAUUAUUUAAGUUUAAUACUGAAUUCUUAGCUCGACAGAGACUUUAUGAAGGGUUAUAUUUUUGUAUUAUAUCAAACUAAAGGUACAAACACUGUUGCUUAUACUGCUGUUACUUCUGCCUAACUUAUUGAAAAAACUGAAGCUGAGUGACAGUUGCUUAUAUUUCUGCUUGUUACUUGUUUUCAGGUAAAACAAGUUGUUGCGUGAUAUAAAUCCUGCAUGUUCUGAAAGAAGUGCUGUUAGCUUUUCACUAUUUUGUUCUUCCUUGCAUUUCAGUGUUGAAGCUGAAAGAAAGCUGUCAUUGCUGCUUGUUUUGAAGAGCUCAGUGUACCAAUGUGUUACAAGCCCUUCAUGGGAAAUGUCGUAAAUGUUAGAUUUUAAAAAGAACCAUGGAAAUGCUUCUGUUGAUGACUGUAAAAAAACAAAACAAAACUUUUUUUUAAACAAAGCUUGUAUUUUUUAGCUGAAUUUCAAUUGAAAUCUACUGCUGUCUUUGAAAAAAACUUAUUGAUGAUGUUGGGGACCAAUCAGUACAAUACGCUCGUCAAAAUUGGAAGUUGGGAGGGAUUUUAGUCUUGCAUUUGGAUAAAACUGCACUAUGUUUCCUUGAGUCUUGGUAGUUUACAAGGUGUAUACACUUGUAGCAGAUGUUGAAGAUUUAAAUAAAGUGCAAUAAGUUGUU